GUCUCCAUCACCCCCACUCUCUUUCACGCACCGAGUCCGGUAAUGCGCCGGUCCUGAUCGUCACCUUUUGAGCAAUCGAUCCUCUUGUGGACUAAUAUGACAAACGUGCGCUUAUAGAGGCGUGACACGGCAAAAAGAGGAGGCACAUUUCCCGUGGAUCAGUCUAUCUGUCCCGACCGCGAGUGUCAGCAUGGACGUCCUGGCCAACCACAGUAUAUUUCAGGAACUUCAGCUAGUGCACGACACCGGUUAUUUCUCCGCCAUGCCUUCGCUGGAAGAGAAUUGGCAGCAGACCUGCCUCGAGUUGGAGCGAUAUCUGCAGACGGAGCCCAAGCGUCUGUCCGAGCUCUUUGACCAUGACUUGGAUGGACUCUUGACCCCGGCCUACCUGAAGGAUGAUGCCGAGGAAGACCUAUCUGACGUUCUCCUCCCCAGCAUACAUGAGCCCCGGAGCCCACCAACAGUGAUACUCUGCCCCACACGGAAGAACUUGCCCUCCACUACAUCAAUAAAAACUGAACCAAAGGUACCAGAACCCACAGAAGGGAUGGAAGGAGUUCACCAGGCCCAGCUAAGUGCAGUCACCUCCCUGACGCCCCCCUCAUCGCCAGAACUGGGUCGGCAUCUUGUGAAACCCAGCCCGUCCCUAACAGCGUCUGCUGAUGGGGCGCUCACCCUCAAGCUGGUGGCCAGGAAGGUGGGGCUUAGCGCUGCCCGGCUGGUGGCGGCACACCCGCUCCCCGUCCAGGUAAAGGAAGAAGACGAGGGAGUAUCGUGCGUGCUCGGUGAGCUGCCGGAGAAUAAGAAGAGGAUCCACCGUUGUCAGUUCAAUGGCUGUAGGAAGGUUUACACCAAGAGCUCCCACCUAAAGGCCCAUCAGAGGACACACACAGGUGAGAAGCCGUACAAGUGCUCAUGGGAGGGCUGCGAAUGGCGAUUCGCCCGGAGUGACGAGCUGACGAGGCAUUACCGCAAACACACCGGCGCCAAACCCUUCAAGUGCAACCACUGCGACAGGUGUUUCUCACGGUCGGAUCAUUUGGCGCUGCACAUGAAGAGGCACAUCUGAGGAGCACAAGAGAAGUCAGAAAGGGAGUGGAGACAGAGAGGGAGCAGAGAGGGCAACGACACUUGCAGACAAAUUAUUACCACGGAUCUCAGACAGAUGUCAAACCCCAUAUUUGGCAGUUCUGGAGCGGAGGCAGAUGUAUCACGCCUUUGGCUUAAGCACUGGCAGGCAACACACGGGUCCCACAAGAUUCCAUUAAGCGUCGUCUGCCUCCUGGAAUGGGACCUUUAGCUGGCAGCUCUUGGUUUCAGUCCACUUUUGCCUCAUGCAGCAUUGCCCCACAUGCAGCCAAUUUAGCGCCUCUAUUUCAUCCUCUUUGAGCUAAACACGAUCUUGCUAGGUUGCCGUAGCCUUUCUCUUCAGUCAAAGGUGGCAUAAUUUCAUAAGUUUUUUAUUUGAUCCACUGAUAAAUCCAUCUGGUUCGAUGGCACUUGGCGAUUGCAGACUUGAAGAUUGUAGUGUGGUUCUGUGUGUGGAGGCUGAUUGAGGUCAUCCAAACAGCUGUGUGGGUCUAGAAACAUCAUCCAUUAGGACUUUCCCCUGGAUGUGGUCAACUAAUCUACUCCUGGCAAAGAGAGGCCAUCUCCUGCUUGAACCUGAUAUCCAGAUCUUCGAAGCUGAAAUUAUUGCACAAUUGACUCUUUGCAAACCUUUUGUUAAAAAGAAAGGCCCAAGUUUGUCAGAAUGAGAGGCUCCUGGGCCCCAUGCACAAGUCAAAGCAGCUUGCUGACUGUAAUCGCACAUCAGACAAGAUCACUAUGUAUGUAAAGGUUAUAUUGUUUUUAAGCAAAGAUCUCCUAUUUGUUUGGAAGACCAUUCUGAAGAACUCUUUGGGAAUGGAUGCAGCCAAAUAAAAAUUGUUGAUGCCUGAGGUGAUCUCUCGGGCCUUUGAGAGUGAUUGGCAUCAGAUCAGCCACCACAUUGCUCGCCAUGCAGAACUUUUCCAGUUUCGUCCACUUCCUUUCUUCCAAUCUUCUCCAGUAAAUCAGGCCCUAUGCAUCUCCUGGGACAUUCCACCGAUUCAUCCCCUGUAGGACAUGGAAUGGACUUGUAGGAGAACAAGUCCAAUCAAUUGGCUGGCAGAUCAAUGUGAAUGUAUCUUUAAUGUGUCUGUGCACGUGAAGCUGAAAAUGUGAAUGGUGUAACAGUCACUUCUGGUUAAAACCACACCUUUCCACGUCAUUGUUAAACUCGAAAGUCACGCCUGGUGACUUGUGUCAUACAUUGUUCCGCUUGACCAUCAAGGGGUCAGGAGAGCAGCUUUCCAUGGGGUGUUCGAUGGAGGGUUAAGAGGGAGAGAGGAGGGAUUUGAUCUGCACACUGAUCAGAUCUGCACACUCAGCAAAGUUAACUGCCCUUUCAACUCCUAAAACUUAAACAGAGUGAGACAUCAACAUACAAAGACACAUAGUUGCAUUUCUUCAUGGUGCUUUGACCUCUGAAUCCCAGUUGCCAGCACCCUUAAAUGCCUUUUAUCCAGGCAGUGUGGACAAAUGGAGGCUAUGCCAUGAUUCUGACUGACUCAGCUGUAAUCCUUGACACAAUCUACGGUCUCUGUUUAAAAAAUGGGAUUUUUUAAAUUUUGAGUCAAAUGAGCUCUUCUAGGAUAGUACGUAAGCCACCAGAUCAGCUCCUAGCUCGCAGUCCUCGUGUUCGGUCCGUAUUUGGAUGCAGACAAAAUGAAUACAAGUGGUUUGUACCCUCAAUGGCAGCUCUAUGUAUGUGUUUAAAAAAAUCCAGAUGUAAUGUUGACAUGACUGGUGGUUUUGGUUCAUCUAAAUGUUCUCAUGGACAGCCCUGGACGAGAGCACACAAAUAUCCCAAAUACAGCAUUGUUUGGAAACGACAUAAUUAAUUUGAAAGUGUA